AUGACCGAAUACACGCAGACUGCCUGGAAGCUCGACAACAAGUUCCCUCUGACUUGCGCCACCUUCGGAAACUACUUCAUCCUCAGAAAGGCCUGGCCCACGGUAGAGCGUCUUGCCCGUCAAGCCAUCGAAGCCACAGAUGUCAACGCAAUCGCCAGUGAUGGUUGGUAUCUCAUGGCCCGCAAGGAACACACCGAAGGAAACGUUGCCAAGGCCACCGACUACUACAACAGAGCCGAUCAAGCAAGAGGUGGUGACGAAAGAGGUUAUCUGCCUGCCAAGUUCGGUGCUGCUCAGCUCAAAAUUCUUUCCAAGGACUGGUCUGGCGCAAAGUUCCGUCUCGAGAGCAUUGUUCAGUCCACCAAGAGUGCCGAAGCCAUGACUCUGCUUGGUCUCUUGUACGCUGAAGAAGUCUACGCCAACCAAAACGCUGGCUCCAAGGAAGACAGGUCGUCCGAGAUGAGAAAGGCUAUCGGUCUCCUGGAGGGCGUUCGCAACACCUGGAAGGACCCCAAGAAGAAGGCUACCCCUGACUCAUACGUCCUCUUGAACCUGGCCAGACUUUACGAAAUCGAGAACCCCGAGCGAAGUCUCCAAUGUCUGCAGCAAGUCGAGCAGAUGGAAAUGGAUGACAUUGACGAGGAAGAUCGUCCAGACACCAAGGAUGAAGCAGAGCUGAAGGCCGCUCUUCGUGAAAUGCUCCCACCACAGCUGUUGAACAACAUGGCGGCCUUCCACUUCCAAGCCGAACGAUUCAGCCAAGCCAGAGACCUGUUCCAGACUGCCCUCAAUGCAUGUGUCAAGGCUGGCGCAAAGGACAGCGAACUCGAUACCGACUCUCUAGUCACCUCCAUCAGCUACAACUUGGCCAGGACUUAUGAGGCCGAACACAUGGUGGUCGAGGCCAACCAAGUUUACCAAGGUUUGCUCGAGCGUCACCCCGAUUACACAGAUGCCAGGAUCAGACUUGCAUACAUUGCGUUACGCGAAAACCCCUCUGAAGGUGCUCAGGCUGUUAAGAAGUUGCUUGAGUCAGAAGCUGGCAACCUCGACAUUCGUGCUUUGUAUGGAUACUACAUUCACAAGGCGAAGAAGCGAACCAUGAACCCUGCCGAGGAUCAAGAGCAGAGACACUACAAGCACACUCUUCAACACCACGACAAGCACGACAGAUACUCUCUGACUGGUAUGGGAAACCUCUUCUUGCAGGUUGCCCGCGAGAUGCGCAGAGAUACCGACCAGGACAAGGAGAAGCGUACAAAGACGUACAUCAGAGCUAUCGAAUUCUUCGACAAGGCUCUGCAGCUUGACCCUCGCAACGCCUAUGCCGCUCAAGGUAUUGCCAUUGCACUGAUUGAAGACAAGAAGGAUUACGGAACAGCGAUCCAGAUCUUUACUAAAGUUCGGGAAACCCUGAAAGAUGCCAGUGUCUUCAUCAACAUGGGUCAUGCAUUUGUCGAGGUCAAGCAAUUUGCCCGCGCAAUUGAGAGCUACGAGGCUGCCCUUUCCAAGGAUCGCACGCAUGACCCCAGCAUUCUCGCUUGUCUCGGUCGCGUAUGGCUCAUGAAGGGCAAGCAAGAGAAGAACAUGCAGGCCAUGAAGACUGCGCUUGAAUUCUCGAACCGCGCUCUGGAGUCAUCGCCUGAACAACUUCACUUCAAAUUCAACGUCGCCUUUGUCCAGAUUCAAAUUGCCCAACUCAUCUACACUCUACCGGAGGCCACGAGAACGCUUGUUGAUCUCGAGGCUGCUGCCAAUGGGUUGGAUGAAGCUAUCGAGAGUCUUAUGGCUAUCGCUCGCGCACCGAACCCACCUUUCCCCAAGAACGACAUCGAACAGCGUGCCAACAUGGGAAGAAACACUAUGCGCAAGCAAUUAGAUCGUGCUCUGCAAAGUCAACGCGAUUUCGAGCAGAAGAACGCAUCCAGGCUCGAACAGGCUCGUUCACAGCGUGAGGCCGAGAUCAAGAAGCGCGAAGACGAGAAGAGAGCGCUCGAAGAUGCAAAGGAAGAACGCAGAAGAAAGAUCGCCGAGGAGAGACAACGAAUGCAACAACAGGACCGUGAAAUCGCCGAACAGAAGAUUGAGGAGGAAGCUGAGCGCAAAGCCCGCGAAGAUGCCGAACUCACCACUGACGAGGAAACCGGUGGCCGAAAGAAGAGAGAAAGGAAGCCCAAGGGUGCGAGAAGAAAGAAGAAGGGUGGUGACAGCGAUUCAGACAUCGUCAACGACGAAGAUGAGGCCUCUGAUGCUGAUGCUGAUGCCGAGUUUGGCGGAAGAGAAAAGCGACAAAAGUCCAAGCGACGCAGCACUUCAGCCGCCUCCGACGAUGAUGACGGCGAGAAACCCAAGAAGAAGAAACGUAGAAAGCUCGAAAGAAAGGGCAAGGUUGCCGAGCCAAAGGGCAAAUUCAAGAGCUCCGAGGUUGUGGUGGACAGCGACAGCGACGAUGAUGCUGUUGCUAUCCAGAACGAAAACGCGAGACUUGCCGAGAAGAUCAACGAUGAGGAUGACGCCCAAAGGAAGCUCGAGGAGACGAGUCGAUGGGAGAGGAAGGAGAGGACGAGGACACUGUUGUUGAAAGGCGGAGAAAGAAGCCUGCUCGUGUGA